AGGACUCGAUUGAGUGAAUGUUUCAUAGUUCUAAUGCAUGAACCGAGUUUAAUUUUUGUUAAGUUCCAUUAUUAGCGCACUUUGUGAGCGUUUGCUUGAAUUUGUCUUUGUCACGGGAUCAUUUCACUUAAUAGAAGUACGAUACGUUAGUACUAAACGGAGUACAGUGUUAAAUUCGACUUCGUCUCAACUUUGGCUAAUAUAAACUUUGCUUAUUGCAAGAUUUAUUGAUGACUAUAUAAUUGAAAAAAAUUAGCGCCCAUUGUUACACAAAUCGAUUGAAAUUUUGAGUGCAUUAUAAUAUUUAAAAUGUAGAAAGAAAAAACUGAACGCCUUGGUUGAAAUAUGUGUUAACUAUAACCGUGGACUUUAUACAAAUAAUGGUGUUUCGUGAUGUAAUACAUUUAUUCACUCUUGUUCAGCGUACAAACAAUUUGCAUAUCUUAUCGAAUGUUAACUUAAGAAUUCAACUUAAUAAAGUCACAUUGUGCACAGUAUUGGGACAUUCGUUUGAAAACGGAAAAAAACUUACAUUUUUGAACGAAAACUAGCCAUCCCACAACACUUUGUUAAGUAUAAUUUUUGUGCUGUGUAUUCAAAACAACACUGCUAAACAUGUAUGCAUUACGCUCCUACGAAGAUUUUUAUGUCAGUGGUUUAUCCAACUACCGAGAAGAAAUCACCGCAACAGAUGACGAGGAUUAUUUAUUAGAUAGAAAAUCCACUAAAUUUGACAUAAUGGAUGCCGCAUUUUCAGAACCAAUUGAGUCCUUAUUAAUCGAUGGUCGGAUUUCAUUAGCCUACGAGCAAUUGACUAAAAUUCCACGGCCGAUAGCGGAUAAAUUUGCCAGUUCUACACAUAUAUUGGACUUGAGUUUCAACAGCAUUAAAGAUCUCUCUUUUCUGGCAAAUUUUAAGUGUUUGGGCACACUAAUCCUAGAUCGAAAUGAACAGCCGUAUGAAUAUUCACUUCCGUAUUUACCAUCGCUAAAAAUAUUGUGGCUCAACAAUUGUAACAUUUACAACAUGUCGAAAUGGAUAACAAGGAUACAAGCAUGCUGCCCAAAUUUGAGACACUUGUCUCUGAUCGGUAAUCCAGGCAUACUAUCCGCUUUCAAUGGUGCAUCGGUACUGGAGCAUUACGAUUAUCGAAUGUAUGUCAUCAGUGUGUUGCCAAAGUUGCAAUAUUUGGACGAUUCUGUUAUAACCGAAGGUCAAAGACAACUGGCUAAUUCAAACAAAAGAGCGUACGCGAUGAGUGGCGGACCGUUAAGAUUUAUCGAAAAAUUUGGUUCCACAAUGUUUCUGAAUAUGUUCAAAAAUGACAGAGAAAAUGCGAAGCAGGCAGUGGGAACCGGCAAUGAGACUGAAGCUGAAUUGGCAACUCAACCAUUAACAAAAAAUGGAAAUCAAUAGACUGCGGAAAAUGUACGACGGUUCAAAAUAUUAGGUCGUUCAUUUCAGUAACUAAAAUUGACACAAAUUGUUGUUUGCAUCAAAUAUACACUAAGUAGAAACAUACUG